ACAUCACAGGCCUUGUUUGAUAACAUUGACGUUUCAAAACACAGUGGGACGAGAGGAAGGUUUUCAUUCAGAUAUCAGCGGGUUCUGGUCAACAAACAGCCACAGAUUUCACCGUAUUAAUACAGCUAAGACACCAAAGGGUUCGGACGGACAAAUCCUUCUCCCUCUGCAUCCAGUGCUUCUCCAUUGUUUGUGCUGUCAGGGUGAUGUCAGCGGCCUGUCUCAUGCGCCUGGCAAGGUGCAGUGGUCUUUUACAGAAAGCCCCAUUCCCGUUUCAGCAGGACAGCCACCUCCAGUUCACAAUCUUCCGUAGACAACUGUACAGCCCUUCAGGAAAACGGCACAGCAACACACGCUUUGAUGCAGACAGCAGUGGCCACCCCACUACUUGGGAUUCAUUUGGCAUCUGGGACAAUCGGAUCGAUGAGCCCAUCCUGUUGCCUCCCAGCAUUCGCUACGGCAAGCCCAUUCCCAAAGUCAGCUUAUCGAGGGUAGGCUGCGCCUCGCUGAUCGGACAACGCAAGGAGAAUGAAGACCGCUUCCAGGUCUCCCAAAUGACCGACAACAUCCUGUACUUUGCUGUGUUCGAUGGGCAUGGCGGGCCAGAAGCUGCCGACUUUUGUGAAAAGUACAUGGAGAAAUAUAUCAAGGACCUUGUGGCAGAGGAGCCCAAUCUGGAAUUAGUUUUAACCAAGGCCUUUCUUGAAGUAGACAAAGCUCUUGCAAGGCACUUGCACUUCUCUCCAGCUGCACCCGGGAUGAACGCAGGAACCACCUCCACUGUGGCCCUGCUGAGGGACGGCAUUGAGCUGGUGGUGGGCAGUGUGGGUGACAGCCGCGCCAUGCUGGGCCGCAAGGGCAAAGCCCUUAAACUCACUGUCGACCACACUCCCGAGAGGAAGGACGAGAAAGAAAGGAUAAAGAAAAGUGGGGGUUUUAUCACCUGGAAUAGUCUGGGACAGCCAAACGUCAACGGCAGGUUGGCCAUGACUCGCAGCAUUGGAGACUUUGACCUGAAGAACAUGGGGGUCAUCGCUGAGCCUGAGACCAAGAGAGUAACGUUGCACCAUGCCCACGACUCAUUCCUGGCGCUGACCACAGACGGCGUUAACUUCAUUAUGAACAGCCAAGAGAUCUGCAACGUCAUCAACCAGUGCCACGACCCCAAGGAGGCAGCUCAGAGAAUAUCUGACCAGGCUCUUCAGUAUGGCUCAGAGGACAACAGCACAAUUAUCGUGGUGCCGUUUGGUGCUUGGGGAAAGCACGAGAGUUCGGACUCAAGUUUCUCCUUCAGCAGAAGUUUCGUGUCGAGCGGUCGCUGGGCGUAGUCAGCGGGCCGUUGGAUGAAAAGGUGUGGUCUUCGGACCUAAUUAUUGUGUGCAAUACAAUCAAACGAUAGUGUCCUUGUGGAAACAUUAUGAAGAGUGUGGUUCUGUUUGCCUAAACAAUAAUACCUAAGGGUUACAACGUGUUAUUUAGAGCAUGAUAUUUAUUAGCCUCUGUGACAUAAGAGGCAGUGAAUUCAAGAUGUGCACUAAAAGAAAAACAUCCUCUUUAUACAAGGUUUUAUCUACUAGCAAGCCAAUGACCUUAGAGGUGCUAAAAGCUGAGAAGUGUUUGAAUGGCAGAUAGCAAUUCAUGAUGACCUGCAGCCUGUCACUCAGCAAAUUUGUAAACUUCUCUACAUUAGCUAAGAUUUUAAGACUUUCUGCCAUUCAGUUCAUUUUUUAUCUUUUUAGCUGUUCAAAAUACCCAAGUUUUUAUUUUCAUGGUUAACUUGAAUAAGUUGCAUUUAAAAAGAAAAAAGAAAAGUGUAUCUCGAUUUUACCAGUUUAAUUUCUCAUUGCUAACAGUAGAAUGACAUGCAGAGAAGAAAGUGGGAAAAUAUAAUAAUUGAACUAAUUUGCCAUUUGAUUGGACUUAAUUGAGCCGGUGUAUGAGAAUACAUACUUAAAGCAACUUCUGAAACAACUGGAAUAUAAAUAUCAUGGCCAAAGUAAGUCUUAAUGGCUAUAUGUCAAUUCUGGAGUUUCCUCCUCAACUUGUUUAUCUAAAUUAGACGAUACAGAAAUAUUUAAAGUUUAAUCUUUGAAACUGAUUUGUUCCCGACUGCCCCUUAAACAAUGUUUAACAGUUGUUGUUUUAUUUGUACUUAUAGUACUUAACUAAAGCACUAUUGAAAAGCAUAGAUUGCCCAAUUGCACAAUCAUUGGGAGAAAAAUAAACAAACCCCUGAAUGUUCUGUGUUCUAGUGAACUAGUGUGAAUGGAGUUGCUUAAUGCUGUUUUAUAUCAACAGCAUUUCAGGGGCUGAUUCUUGACGUGUAUAAAAAAAAAAAAAGAUAUUCACGUUUCUGGCAAAUUAAACAUUGCUCACGCUCGUCUAAGUGUUUAUAUCUGUACUGAUUUGAAACAGGUCUUGUUAGGGCACAAAGAAGUGUUCAGGGUACACAAAUGUAUAGUGUAUGUUUUGUAAAUAAUUCUAUUUAUGUACAUCUGGAAAACUGAUAGUUCUCUGUUGCAUAACUCGUCUAAACAGAAUAUUUCACACGCAGGAACUUUGCAUAGGUGCUUGCUUGUAUCGUGUGUGUGUGUAUGUACACCAUUUUGAUCGUAACUCUGUUACAAUCGGUAAUUCCUCAUUUUACGCCAUUUCAGUGUCACUCAGAAAGAGCGAAUGCACACUUAAUGCAACACUAAAGAACUGUUCAGCUAAGAGCCAUGUAUGACAAUGUGAAUGUUUGCUUCAAUGCCCUCCAUGACUAACGAAUACAAUCAAAACCCUGUUGGGUGAAGGAGUAAUUAAGCUGUAUUGCUGAGUUGUCUUGGCUGACCCUGAUGUGAGUGGAUAUAUUUCCAGUGCAAAAGGCAGACAAACCAUUGGAUCGUGCCGUUUUGGUUCACUGUUGGAUCUUUUUGUUUUGUCGUUGUUGAAGCUAGACAAAUGCAAAACGUCAUAUUUAUCAGCAUUGUUCCGUUUGUGAGACUUCUGUCAUUAUUCUAUGUCCUUAAACACCACUUAUAUAUGUUUUGUAAAUAACUGUUUUCCUCCUUCGUUCACAUAUUGAAUGAAACCUUGAUUUAUUGUAAAGACUUUAUAACAUACUCAUUACAAGCCUUCUCGCCUGUUAAAGUUAUCUAUCAGACUGUGUUCGGUUUAUAUUUACUGUCAAAUACAAUCAUUGCAGCUGUGGAUCUGUACCUGGGACCUAAAUGUGACUCUUUGAACUACACUCUGUUUGUACUGUAUUUUUGGUCUGAAUGGCUUGUGAAACACUUCAAAUUAAAACUAUACACC